UUUCAUUAUAAAAAUAAAAUAACUAAAGUUUUGUAACAAUGAUAAGAUGCGAUUCAUUAAACAACAGUACGCAUCAAGGACGCGAUUAUGAAAAAAAGAAGAAACAAGAAAGAAAAAAGUCAAUCCUUUAUUUGAUAGAGAAUUUUUUAAGAUUCGAAGGGUACAUAAAAACGGCAUCGACAUUAGUAGAAGAAGCUUGUUUAAAUACUAGUCAUCAUGCAGUUUGUGAUAACAUCGACUUAGAUACUAUUCUUAUAGAAUACGAGAAUUAUUAUUUUUUACGUUAUCAGAAAAAACCACAAAUUAGUAAAUCGUUGGAUAUCGCAAAAUCUGAUAUUCACAAUGCUACUAAAAAUAAAGCCAAAACUUGUAAAAAAUCAAAUACAAAUCAACAUUCACAAGAUACUCAAUCAAUAGAUACAACUUGUAUUACAGUAACUCCUAUGAAUAUUUGUAAUGAAUCUUUAGAGGAUGAAUAUUGUUUACCUUCUAUUGAUCUCGGAUAUUGGAAGGACGAAUGGCGAAUAUACGCUGAAAUGAUAUCAAAAGAAAUUUUAGUCACUAAUCCAAAUGUGAAAUGGUCAGAUAUUAAAGGACUUUCGACGCCUAAGAAAUUAUUAGAUGAGGCUAUCGUACUACCAACAAAAUAUCCUGACUUAUUUACUGGACUAUGUACUCCGUGGACGGCAAUGUUAUUUUAUGGUCCUCCUGGUACAGGAAAAACAUUGCUUGCUAAAGCGGUAGCGACUGAAUGUAAAACGACAUUUUUUAAUAUCACACCUAGUACACUUGUUGCUAAAUGGAGAGGGGAUUCUGAAAAGCUUAUUAAAGUAAUGUUUGAAAUGGCAGAACAAAUGUCACCAAGUACAAUAUUUAUUGACGAGUUAGAUACAAUUGCAUCGAAGCGUAUUGACCACGAAGCUUCACGUAGACUAACAUCUGAAAUAUUAAUACAUAUGGAUGGUCUCCUGCGUUCAGAAAAACGAAUAUUUUUGUUGGCAACGUCAAACCAUCCGUGGGAACUAGAUCCUGCAAUUUUUCGUCGUCUUGAAAAACGUAUUUUUGUUGACUUGCCAGAUGUUCAAGCUAGAAAAGAUAUGUUUGUAUACUAUCUAUCGGAAAUGUUACAAAAACAUAAGUAUAUCAAAUGUGAUAUUGAUAGUGAUAGUCUUGCUCAAGAAACUAAUGGUUAUUCUGGUUCAGAUAUAAGACUUGUAUGUAAAGAAACAACAAUGCAGGCUAUGCGUUCAAUAUUCCAAGUUUUAGAAAAAAAAACCGGUAAUAAUAUAAAUUUUACAAUAACGACUAAAGAAGUCAAGAAUGCAAUUUCAAAAACUAAACCAUCAACAAGUGAGACAGAUAAUAAUAAAUAUAAAAUUUGGCAAUCACAAUAUGCAUCAUGUUAAUUUCAAGAUAAAUUAUUUAAAUCUAGCCAAUCUAGAUAACACGGAAGGUACAUUGCAGUUUCAGGAACGAAAUGCG